AUGUUUGACCUUCCGGACGCAAAACGUGUGCGUCGUUCAGAUCUUUACACUCGAUCCGCAUCAUCCUCUCCCGAACCAUCUUCUCCAAUUGAUCCCGAUGCGGCUGCUCGAUUUCACGAGCAACUUGCUUCAUUAUACGGGGCUGUUCCCCCUCUCUCAUGCGCAACGGAGAUUGUGCUAAAGCCUGAACUUGGGAAUGACGCGCUAGAUUUAUCACCACCAGAAGAUGACCAAGACCAAGACCAAGACGCGGAAGAGGAAUUUGACUUCCGUCUUUUCUCGAAUGACAAGGAAGGCAAAAUAGUCAUCAAGGAAGAGGCAGCCGAUCAGGGAGUUUUUGUUGUCAAGGAUAGAAACAAAAGUUACUACUUCACUGGUCCAAUUGAGGGGAAGAGGAAGGAAGAAUACGCCAUGGUGACAGUUAGUGGCGAGGAUGUUUUACAAGGCAGAGAGCUGAGAUACUGGGGAUGGGAAGUUCCAUGGAGAGUUAAAAUUUUGAAGAUUGGUAUUGGUGGUCAAAAAACUGUGGGAAAUAAUGGGCUCGGGGUCAGCAAUGGUUAUAUUGGGGAGAAGAAGAGGAAACCAGGAAAAAAGAGGCGGAUCAUACUGAGAGAAAGGAGGAGGAAAAAUGAGGCACAAGAAGAGGCAAUGACGAAGGAGAAGGAAAGCAAAGAGGAGGCAGACAGAGAAAGGAGAGCUAGGAAGAACAGAGAGAAGAAAGUCAAGAGGAAGGCAAAGGAGAAGGCUUCGAAAGCUGCCCCCGGAGGAAAUGACCAGACCGCGCCCGGAGUUGACGGAGACGAUGAUUGA